AUGGCCGCAGACCGAUGGGGUGGGGGAGACCCGGACGGAGGGGAGGACGCGUGGGGCCGCGGGGAGGCGGAGAGCGAGGGCGUGUGGGAGCGCGUGGUGUACCAGGCGGACGACAGGGGCGCGCUGGAGCGCCUCAUGAAGCGCAAGGGCGCGGCGGGUGGACGAAAUGCCGCGGGCCCGAAGCCUUUGAUUGGUGAACCACACGCCGCUGUCGCUGCACUUGGAGAGUCAGCAGCGGCCAACAGGGACGUGUCAGGAGUGAAAUUUGGGUGGCAGGGUUUGGCAGCAUCCAACGUGGCAGAGAAGGAAAGAGGUGACACGUGGCAGCGGGCCAAGUGGGGGCUGCGAUGGUUUGACUCGCCCACUGCCGAUGACUGGGAGGACGGCUUCCCCGACGACCACGUGGACGCCCAAGCUGCACCCCAGGCUGCAGAUGCGGCGAGGGAGGCUCAUGAUGCGGGAGAGGGGGAGGAGGCACGGGAGGCAGUGCAGGAGGGAGGGCGUGAGGGGGAGGGCGUUGAGGGGGAGUACAGCAGGCGCGUGGCGGAGGGGCUGCUGGCGCGCCUCUCCUUCAUGCCCUCCCCACACCCGCCGCCACCACUGCCACCGCUGCACCCACCAGCACUGGUGCCUGCUGCAUCGCCCCUACCUGCACCCAUGCCGGGGCGGGCGGCGGGCAAGGCUUCAGUGGGGCAUGCGAGGCAGGAGAUGCAGGGGCAGGCUUGGGCAGAAGGGCAGGGGCGCUCGCAGGGGGGAGAGAGGGAGGGCAGCAGGGGAGGAGGGGCGGUGGGAGGGUUGGCGCUGCAGCUGCUGCAGCUGACAGGCGCACCUCCGCCCCUGGCGCAUGGGGGAAAGGGGAGAGGCGGACGGUACCGAGGGAAGAAGGAGAAGGUGCGCGCCACAGCAGCCCCGGCGCCCACCAGCUCGCAGGCAGUGCCAGCAGCGGCACCCGUGGUAUUGCAGCAGCAGCUCUCACAGCUGCACGCGUCUCAGCCACCGCAGGGGCACUCCACCCACCACUGCCAGCAGCAGUGUGAGCACGAGGUGCAGACUGAGGCAGUGCAACCGCCGUGUUACCAACCUCAAUCUCAGCAGCAGCAGCAGCAGCAGCAGCAGCAGCAGCAGCAGCAGCAGCAGCAGCAGGAUUGUGUUAGGGGAGCUUUCGAUGGGCAGGUGCGGUAG